CCUAAUUCCUUGGAGCCCUGAUCAUUCGCAACAAUCAAGGCUUAUUCUUCCAAUGAAGGGGCGUUUGCCUGGUUCGGACGAGGAUGGCGACGAAGUUACUUUGUCGGGUGUUGGGAAAUCUCGAACCGACCAACGGCAACCUCGCCCAAAGGACGUUGUCGAUGCGCGUUCCAACCCUAAUACGACCGCGUCCCCAGACCAGAGAAGCAAGCAACGUCCCGCUUUAGAACCCUCACCAGCAAGAAGCGGCAAUUCCAUCCGUUUCAAUUGGGUGACACCACAUGCACGAGAGUUGCCGACAGAGAAGAAGCCUGAGGCCUUCUACCUACAACAACCCACAGCGUCAACAGCACCGGCAGCGACCCUCUCGGACCAUUUGCAUGACAAGCAAGGCAACGGAGACGAGCGUUGUGACGGCCCGAUGGUUCCCGACGAAAUAACCAGUGAACGAUACUCCAUUCAGCGAUCGCGCUCUCAUGGGAGACCCUAUUCAAUACCUCUACUCGUACUUGUCACCUCUCUCCUCGGCAUAUCCUUGCUCUGCACCAUCCUGAACUCAUCUUGGACCCGUCAAAUCGAUUAUAAAGGCUGUCGGAUGUCUUACAUGCGACCCUCAUACACCCGAUUACGGGAGUUUGACACGGAGCAUACUCGUUUCGCGACAAAAUAUUCACUCUAUUUGUAUCGCGAACAAGGCAUCGACGAUGAACAGAAACUUCGAGGUGUGCCUGUCUUAUUCAUCCCAGGCAACGCUGGCAGUUAUAGGCAAGUGCGGCCAAUUGCUGCCGAGGCGGCCAACUAUUUUCAGGAGACCCUACGCGGCGGCCAAGACACCGUCAGCGACCAGCACAACCUUGACUUCUUUACCGUGGACUUCAAUGAAGACAUCACCGCGUUUCAUGGCCAGACGCUGUUAGACCAGGCGGAAUACCUCAACGAAGCGAUACGAUAUAUACUGUCACUUUACAUGGACCCCCGCGUGUCUGCCCGGGAUGCACACCUUCCCGACCCGUCCUCCGUCUUGAUUCUGGGUCAUUCUAUGGGAGGGAUAGUGGCCCGCACCAUGUUAACCAUGUCCAACUAUCAGUCCAACUCUAUUAACACGAUUAUCACCAUGUCCACACCUCAUGCCCGUGCACCUGUUACCUUCGACAGUCAGAUUGUCAACAUCUACAACGAUAUCAACGCCCACUGGCGCCGUGCGUAUGCUCAGAAAUGGGCCAGUGACAACCCCCUGUGGCAUGUCACGCUUGUUUCGAUCGCUGGCGGUGGCCUGGAUACCGUAGUGCCAUCUGACUUCGCCAGUAUAGAGUCCUUAGUCCCGGAAACGCACGGAUUCACGGUUUUCACCAGUGGCAUACCGAGGGUAUGGACCAGUAUGGACCACCAGGCCAUCCUUUGGUGCGAUCAAUUCAGGAAGGUUGUGGCGCGUGCUUUAUACGACGUGAUAGACGUUCACAGGCCUUCUCAAACCAGGCCACGAGCCGAACGCAUGCGCAUCUUCAGGAAAUGGUUUCUCACGGGCAUGGAGAGCACCACGGAGAAGACGCUUCCUCUGAUUGAGCCGACCACAUUGCUUACCCUUGAAGACGAGAUGAGUACCAUCAUGCCUCCAGGUCAACGUCUCGUCUUGCGCCGGUUGGGCGAAACUGUAAAACCGCACGCUUACUUGUUGCCUAUUCCACUCCAGGGCUCACCUGAGGGUACACGCUUUACUCUACUUGCAGACGGUUUAUUAGACGGACCCGGAGAGGACGGGAGGGUGGAAGUGCUAUUCUGCAGUGUAUCUCCAUUGCAGUUUGCGCAGAACUUAGACCUCCCUCGGAGGAGCAUCGACCUCUCAGAGGGAGGCAAAGGAGCAACGAAACUGAUGUGCAAGAACGCCGCCGCGGACUCGGCUCUGCUGCCGGCGCUGGCUACGCGAUCUCGCCUUGAUUCAACGCAUGAACAACCAAAUCAACGACUCUUGUCAUACCUGCAGUAUGAGAUUGAAGAUCUUGCAGAGCAUCACUUCGUCGCCGUUAUAGACAAGGCAGUCAAACGAACCAACGCGUUUGUGGUGGCAGAGUUUAACGACCUGUCGCGUUUCCAUAAAGUCCAGGAUAUCAGCCUGAGCCGGCUACUCGCCUUUGGGAUGUCAUGGACCUUGCCGACAGGUCGUCCAAUGGCGACUGAGAUCAGCAUACCGAUUGUUCGGUCAAGCCUCAUCGCCUAUAAGCUCGAAAUCAUGGGACAGCCGUGUACCAACACGCCUAAGAUCUUCGCGCCUAUUAUCCGCCAAUAUCUCACACAGCCGUACGAGUCGAAAUUCUUCACAGAUGCGAAAUAUGCCAGUCUCAGCAUACACGGGGUCGCCCCUUUCAUUCCGCCUCCUCUUCGGCCCAAGGCUUCUGACAACCAAGGCCUGACCCUUCAGUUUUGGACCGAUCCGACUUGCUCGUCGGAUCUCGAGGUCAGACUGACAGCAGAUGUUCUAGGAAGUUUAGGAAAACUUGUCCUGAGAUAUCGUACCGUCUUCGUUGCCUUCCCGCUGCUGGUCAUGACGCUGGUGCUUCGAAACCAGUUCAUGGUAUACGACUCACAUGGGGUUUUCAUCUCCUUUGCUGAGAGCUUGGACUGUUGUUUGAGACGAUCGCUGCCCCUGUUCCUUUUUCUUCUCACGAUUCUGUCCUUUUCACUGAAAGGGUCCGAGUCCUCGAUACUGGGAAUCUCGUGGUAUUCCUGGUUUUCAGAUACCCCGGCCCCAGAUUUCCGCAGCAACGACCUCCUUAUUGGUACUCAAGACUCAUUUUUCUGGUUUUUAGUGCCCCUCAUUGGCCUGAUAUGUACCGGAGUCUGCGCCAUUGUUCACUAUGCUACUGUUACCCUGGCCCUGCUAUUGGGUGUAAUGUAUGGAUGGACCGACUCUAUGUUGUUCUGGCGACGACAAGACACCUGGAGAAGGGCUCAGCCCCUAGCAUUCGAGCCAACAUCGCCCAGGCGGCGAAUGUUCACGACUGCAAUUCUCAUGCUUCUGGUUUCGACGUUCAUUCCGUACCAGUUUGCUUACUUGGUGGCGUGUCUCGUCCAGCUCCUCACCACUGCACGCGCCCUCCGAAUAGCUACUAAUGUGGGCUCUCCGGCGAGCCGCGACUUUUACAACUAUACCCAUUCGAUGCUUCUUCUCAUGCUUUGGGUUCUCCCUAUUAAUUUGCCGACGCUUGCUGUAUGGAUACGCAACCUUACCAUACAUUGGUUGACGCCGUUCUCCUCCCACCAUAAUCUACUCUCCGUCUUUCCAUUCAUCGUUCUCGUCGAAACUUUGACCACGGGGAGGAUGGUUCCCCGUGUUACGGGAACAUUCAAACAUCUCACGAGUCUUUUUCUGUUUGGCACAGGGAUCUCCGCCGCUAUAUACGGUGUAUCGUACGCCUACAUGCUCCACCAUCUCGUCAACCUGGUGGCGGCUUGGCUUGUGAUCAUUCACUCUACCUCAUGUGAGUGGUCUUUGGUCCGCUUCGGGUCUUUUGGGGACAGAUGCAGGCAGAGGAACGGACGUGAAAGUCGGGCCCUUAAAUGUAGCAAGGCCCCUUGACGUGGCGGUUGCUAUGUUAUCAUAUUCGUGGCUUCACUGCAUGCCGAGGCUUGCACCGUGCCAUAGGAAAAACAGUUUACGCAGUUCGACUCGUCUGAUACUGUUCAAAUUAGUAUAAAUAUAUCGACAACA